AUGCUUUCUUUUCUCCAGAACCCCCGCCAAGCAGCGGCGCAGGUACUGAAUUUCGCUCUCAUUCUUUCUACCGCCUUCAUGAUGUGGAAAGGUCUUUCAGUAGCUUCGGAUUCACCUUCACCAAUCGUCGUCGUUCUAUCUGGAUCUAUGGAACCCGCAUUCCAGCGCGGAGAUCUUCUAUUUUUAUGGAACAGGAACUUGCUAGAAGAAACGAAGGUUGGGGAAAUUGUCGUCUACCAAGUCAAGGGCAAGGACAUACCGAUUGUGCAUCGUUUAGUAAGGAAGUUUGGGGCAGGAGCCAAAGCAAAGUUAUUGACGAAGGGAGACAACAAUGUUGCAGACGAUACAGAGCUAUAUGCGCGAGGACAGGAUUACAUCGAGAGGGAAGAUAUCAUCGGAAGUGUAGUGGGAUAUAUACCAUUUGUGGGAUACGUCACAAUUUUACUUAGUGAGCAUCCAUGGUUGAAGACUGUUAUGCUAGGAAUGAUGGGGUUGGUUGUGGUUUUACAGAGAGAAUAA